AUGUUGGGAUCUGGUGUGACCCCCGGUUUCCGAAAUCCGGCAGUGAAUAAACUUGCUCUCCGACACCUGGAAAGUCAAGACAUUGACAGUAAGGAAGACGAGCAAAACCAUGGGCAAGAGGAAUCGACAGAGAAACCUGCAUUGCAGAACAAGAGGGAAAUGUUCUUCAAGAAUGACCACUCCAACCACAUUCAAGCUCAGAGUGGUGUGAACAAGGAAGGAGGGAAUAAAGACAAUCAGGCGUUGUAUGGAAGCACUCCAGUGCAGAAUGCAAAAGAAGCCCUCUUUCAGCAUCAACAUCAGAAUCAGCAUGCCUCCAAUCAGAGUUCUCACAAGGAACAACCAGCUGUGAAAAAAGAAGAGAAGAAUCAUCAGAUGAAUCAUCAUCCUCCUCCUCCACCUCCUUCACACAAUCAGGAAGAAUCAGAAAGAGAGAAGCCUGUGGUUAGGGAUAGGGACAAGGAAAAAGAAAGGGAUAGGAGAGAGAAAGAAGAAAAAGGGAAUAUUUCGGUUCCAAAAUGUAGGGAAUUGGAAGCCUAUGUUGGCUUUGCAAUUCUCCCUGACCAAGUGUACAGGAAGGCUGUGAAGAGGGGAUUUGAGUUUACCCUGAUGGUUGUAGGUGAAUCUGGGACAGGGAAAUCCACAUUGUUAAAUUCCAUGUUCAUGGCUGACAUUUAUUCCCCUGAGUAUCCAGGUCCCUCACAUCGCAUCAAAAAGACCGUUCAGGUGGAGGCAACAAAAGUUUUGCUGAAAGAGAAAGGGGUGCAUUUAUCCCUCACACUGGUAGAUACCCCAGGAUUUGGGGAUGCUGUCAACAAUAGCAAUUGUUGGCAACCCAUUGUUGACUACAUUGACAGCCAUUACGAAGAGUACUUGAACAACGAAUCCCGUGUUAGUAGGAAGAAAAUGCCAGACAACCGAGUGCACUGUUGCCUGUACUUCAUUGCUCCCACAGGACAUGGUCUGAAACCUCUGGAUGUUGAAUUCAUGAAACGACUUCAUGAGAAAGUUAAUCUUGUGCCUGUGAUUGCCAAGGCGGACACCUUCACAUCAGAGGAGUGUCACCUUUUCAAAAAGCAGAAUGUGUCAUCUUCAUGGCAUAACCCAUCAUAUUGGUGCCACUUCCUCCUGAAGAUCAUGCUGGAGAUACGUCAACACAAGAUCAAGAUCUAUGAAUUCCCAGAGGGGAGAGAGGAAGAGGAAAGAGUCCAGAAGCCACUUCGUGACAGAGUACCUUUCGCUGUUGUUGGCUCAAAUGCCGUCCUUGAGGUUGAUGGCAGGAAGGUUCGAGGACGCAAGUAUCCAUGGGGACUAGUGGAGGGGUGGCUGAGGAGGUUCCUGGAGGAGGGAUUCUUGGCUGGUAGCUUGCGCCCAUUGGUUGUUCAAUCCCCAGGAACAGUUCUCAUUGGGGAGGACAAAAUCAUCUUCAUUAAUUUCUUGGUCCGUAUCUCCGAACAUGUACCUGUCCAACCAAUGGUUUUGAAACAUGUAUCUGUCCAACCAAUGGUUUUGGAAAUGAGGUUGUCUCAUAAACCAUUGGUUGCGACAUGGGUUUUCUGGACAGGGAUGUCCGAAGAUAUUGUCCUCCGGAUCCUGACUGGAGGUCACCUGGAAUGGUGA